UCACACGCACGCCGACUCGGCGACAGAACGGUUGACGCGACGCCGACCCUCGGUACACGCUAUACGGGCACCGUGAACGAGAACCACAAUGAUCGCCGGCACGCUGGUGGCCGUCGUCAGCUGUUGGUCGCUGUUCGUUGCCGCCGCCGCCAAACACGGUUCCAACGCGCGUUCGGUGCACUCGGACGGAGACCUCGUUCGGCGGUACAGCACCAGUUCUGCCGGCGGUGAAUAUUGCUGCUCCGGACAAUCCUCGUCAACCGCAGACGUCGUUGCUGACGACACCGCGAAUCUGGGAGAGAUUCCAUUGAAUGUUAUAAUGGAACUGAACCAGGUAACAAAUGUUUCAGAACUAUUCAACAAAUAUAUGCCAGAUACUGAUAUGGAUGAAGCUCAAAGACGUUUUAUCACAACAGGUUUUCAAAGUCGUACUGUGGUAAACUUGGAAAGAAAAGCAGCGUUUAUACCUAAGCCGGCAAGUUGUUCUAUUGGAAGUCAAACGAUCAGCCUUAAAGACACUGACGAUCGAAGUUUGUAUUAUUUCCCUUCGUGCACGCGAGUAGACCGUUGCGGAGGAUGUUGCAGUCACGACUUAUUGGCCUGUCAACCGACUAAAAUCGAGACACUCCACUUCGAAGUAUUAGUGUCGCAGUACAACGGAGAAGGGAAAUUAGAAUUCAAAGGUAGAAAAACGGUGGCAAUUGACCGACAUUUGAAAUGCAAGUGUGGAUGCGUCAUUAAAGAAGAAAACUGUGGCCCAUUGCAGAUAUAUAAUGCUAAAGAAUGUCUCUGUAAGUGCAGCAACGAAGAUGAAGAAGAGAAGUGUAACGACGAACACAAUUUAAAGCAAUGGAACUCAAUGACAUGCAAGUGCGAAUGUCGUGAAAUCAAAGAAUGUACUUCAGGAUACGGAUUUGACAAUUAUACUUGCGGGUGUGAACCCAUAAGAAUAAGAACAAAAAAUACUGGUGGUACUCAAUUGAACAGAAACAAAUAUUCAUUAGUAGUUUCAUGAGCUCAAUUCUCAGAAAAAAAAUACUAAUUAUGUAAAUUAUACAAUAUAGAUAGAACACUGAUCGUUCCGUUAUUUAUAAUAUUGUUUUCACUAUUAUUUAAGACUAUUAUAAUAUUAUUAUUUUGAAAUGUUGUUGACCUAUUCUUACAGCAAAAUGCUAGUUUGUUCGAAAGACGAUUGUAAUUUAUAAACGAUUGUCAGUUAAUUUGUGAUUUAAAAUGUGUUUAACGAAAGUAUUUGUAAAAUAAUAAUUUUUGUUAAUGA